AUGCACGCGCGGAGAAAAGACCGCAUCAUUUGUCGUUCGAUCGCGCAAGAAGAUGAAGUCCGGUGGCCUGAUGCGAAGACUGUUGUUGAACGAGUGGACCAGGCCGGGAAGGAAGGCUCAAAGCAGUUGCAGAGUUUCAAGCAAAGCGUCGAGCACAAGAGGCUAGAGGAGGAGAAGCGGAGGGGGUGGUGGCAAAGCUAUAACGAUGUCCAUGUAUAUCUAAGAUUCAUUCUUUCCAACUUGGAGCGCAUCACGAUCGUCGGUUUUUACAUGACGGCCCUUUACGAAGGCGAUGCGGAGAACCACCAGUCAAUGUAG